AUAUUCCCUGGGGGCCAGGGCCAGUUUUGAACAUCCAGCUGGGUUAGGAUGAGAGGCUUUGGCACGGUUGACCACACUACUGCAUGACUGGGUCUGCCCCUUGGCCACCAGCUUUCUGGAGAUUCUCCUCCUACCUCCCAGGCAAUCCCUUUCUAUCCUUUUUGAAGGCCAUCUUUUCUUCUCAGUCUGGGCCUCCUCCCUGGGUGAUCUCUUGUGGGUUUGGUCACCACAGAUCCUAUGAAAAUCCACCAGUUUAUGACUCCAGCUGGGGCCAUUUCUCUGUCCCAGACCCACAGAGCUUGUUGCCUGCAUGAUGCCUCUUGUGGGUCUGUCUCAGUAAAUCUAAAACCCAGCCUGUGCUCACCUGCCUCCCUGCCUUCCUUCUAGUGCUCCCUGCCUCCAUGAGUGGCACCCCAGCUAUGCGGACCUGAACUUGAGGAGGGCUCUCUGACUCACCCUGCCCCAUCCCCAAGUCAAUCCAUGGUUUUACUGCAGUUAAUUUAGUGUCCUCAUUUAGCCACUGCAGCCGGAAAAAAACCUAUUAAAAUACAAAUCUGAUUAUAUCCACUCUGCCUAUAGACUUUGUGGAUUUUCCAUUGCUCUUAGGUUAAAGAGGCCUUAAUGUGGCCUUCAAGGCCCUGCAUGGCUGGUCUAGACUCAUCUUCAACUCUCUCUGUCUUAUGUUUCCUACUCUGGCUUGAUUGGCUUUACUUCCCCUUUGGGUGCUGUUCCUGUUGUGUGGGAUGCUGUUCCCUGCUUACCCAGCAGAUUCCUUCUGCAAAUACCUGCCCAGUCAUCCCUUCCUCAGGAAAGCGCUGUCUCACCACCAUGACCAGGUCCAGGUCCUGUAUUACAGGUUCUAAUCUCUUUGACCUUCUCUGUUAGGUAGCCCUGUUGUAGUUGUGAUUUUAUACACUAUGCCUGGCGUUUAGUAGAACUUGAGAUGUUUGCUGAAUGAAGAAGUUGUGAGGUAUAUAAUAUGCCUGACCAACAGCCUCUGUCUAGACAUUCUUUGCAUUGUAAGUUUGCUUUGCCACAUAGGGACCCUGGUUACCCAAGUCCCAUUCCUCUGUGGGUCCUGCUAGGUAUGGCAAGAAGGAUGGAGGGACCAUGUGUAACAGAGUGGAGGGCAUAGGAAGCCUGGCCCAAGAACCACUGAAAGGGAACAGUGAGUUUCUUCCGUUCUUCCUGCCUAGUUACCCCCUUCCAUCCUUGUUAAGUCCACUGUAUUAGACUGUUUACUGACAGCCAUUUCUUCUGCAGGGUGUCAGAGAAUUCUAAGGAGUAUGCCUUUGGUUAAGAUCAAUCAUAUAUCAAGAGUUCCUGGUUCUUUUCUAAAUAGCUGUCUCAAAGCAAAAAAAGUGGAAAUGAUUAUGAAGGCCUGCUGCAGGAUGAGCCGUACAAGAUGUCUGUGCUCUGGAAACCCAGAAAGGAAAGCUGCCUGCCACUCGCUUGUCACUGCAGAGCAGCAGUCUUCCCUGCUGCCAUGGGGCCCUGAUUGGGCCAACUCAAUAGUGUUUACUCCCAUGUUCCUUUGCAAGUGCCCAUUUGCCUGUGCGUGUGAACCAAUCGACCCGGCAACAUUUCCUGAGAUGAUCUAUGCAUUUUCCUCUGAUUGGCAUUGCUACCUCUGACCUAACCAAGCUCCCAAAGAUUCUUAGACUUUGUGAGUAAAGACAACUUAGUCUUCCCAGUUCAUCAUGGCUUCAACCUCAAGAUGUGCUGUUGUCAGGAGAGGUGUCCGCUCAAAGGUAAAGUCUGCUAAGCUGCUCGAGGUUCUGAAUGCUCUGGAGGAAGAAGAGUCCAGCAAUGACAGGGAAGAGAUUUUCAUCUCGCCGCCCGAGAAUGCUGCAGGGGACUUCACUGAUGAGGACUCAGGUGAUGAAGACAGCCGGCGUGGUACUCACCUGCCGGGGAGCAUGCUGCACGCCACUGUCGUGUCUGAGGACUCUGGUACUGGGGAGGAUAAUGAUGACCUGGAUCUGCAGCCAGCAAAGAAGAGGCAGAAAACCAUAGUCGAACCUCAGCGGGUUUGGACCAAAAGAGAUCUCCGACCCGACUUUGGCAGUUGGACAGCAUCAGAUCCUCAUAUUGAGUUUCUCAAAAGUCAGGAACUGAGUCCUGUAGGCCUCUUUGAAUUAUUUUUUGAUGAAGCAACAAUUAAUUUCAUUGUUAAUGAAACCAAUCGUUAUGCUCGGCAAAAAAAUGUUAACCUGGGUCUCACAGCCCAGGAAUUGAAGUGUGUUUUGGGCAUUUUGAUUUUAAGUGGGUAUAUCUCCUAUCCAAGGAGAAGGAUGUUUUGGGAAACAUCUCCUGAUUCACAUCACCACCUUGUGGCUGAUGCAAUCAGAAGGGACAGAUUUGAACUGAUUUUCUCAUACUUGCAUUUUGCAGAUAACAAUGAACUUAAUGAAAGUGAUAGGUUUGCCAAGGUCAGGCCUCUCAUUAUCCGGAUGAACUGCAAUUUCCAGAAGCAUGCACCUUUGGAAGAGUUUUACAGCUUUGGCGAGUCCAUGUGUGAAUACUUUGGGCACCGGGGAUCCAAGCAACUGCACACAGGAAAGCCUAUCCGACUUGGUUACAAGAUCUGGUGUGGGACGACCAGCAGAGGCUAUUUAGUGUGGUUUGAGCCUUCACAGGGCACACUGUUCACCAAGCCAGACAAAGGUUUGGAUUUAGGAGGUAGUAUGGUGAUAAAAUUUGUGGACGCACUUCAGGAGCGAGGCUGUCUGCCAUACCAUAUAUUUUUUGACAAGGUUUUCACAAGUGUCAAACUGAUGUCCAUUUUGAGGAAAAAGGGAGUGAAGGCCACAGGAACUGUCUGUGAGUACAGGACCGAGAGAUGUCCCCUCAAAGAUCCCAGAGAGCUGAAAAAGAUGAAGAGGGGUUCGUUUGAUUACAAGGUUGAUGAGAGUGAGGAGAUCAUUGUGUGCCGCUGGCAUGACAGCAACGUGGUCAACAUCUGCUCUAAUGCAGUGGGCAUAGAGCCUGUGAGGCUCACGAAUCGUUAUUCGGGGGCUGCCAAGAUGCGGACCCAGGUUCACCAGCCAUCUCUGGUGAGGCUGUACCAGGAGAAGGUGGGGGGUGUUGGGCGCAUGGACCAGAACAUUGCCAAGUACAAGGUGAAGAUCCGGGGCAUGAAGUGGUACUCAAGCUUCAUUGGCUACAUCAUUGAUGCUGCCCUCAACAAUGCAUGGCAGCUGCACAGGAUCUGCUGCGAAGAUGCCCAGGUGGACCUCCUUGCCUUCCGGAGAUAUGUUGCCUGUGUGUAUCUAGAGAGCAACGCUGACGCAUCAUCCCAAGGAAGGCGGAGCAGGCGGCUGGAAACUGAGAGCCGCUUUGAUAUGAUCGGCCAUUGGAUUAUCCACCAGGACAAGAGGACCCGGUGUGCCCUCUGCCACUCUCAGACCAACACCCGGUGCGAGAAGUGCCAGAAGGGUGUCCAUGCCAAGUGCUUUCGGGAGUACCACAUCAGGUGAUGCCAGGAGAGGGGUGCUAGGGCAGAGGAGCCACACUCCAGGGCUGGCUGGAAGGGACACUGAAGGGUUUCCUGAUACAUGCUCAGUGGGUUAUUUUGGUUUUUAGUGAAGUGUUUACAACUAAUUAUGUAUAAUAGUUGGAGCACUUCUGUUUUACUUUAGGGUUGGGAAAAAAAAAAACUUGAAUCUCUGAUGCAUUAGUUUUAUAUUCUCUCUCCAUUACUAUUGUAAUUAUCUUUUUUAUUCUUUCUAUUAUGCCUCCAUGUAAUAUAAAUGAAUAUUAUUUAUAUUAGGAAUCUCAGAUGUGUGGAAGUCUAUUUUAUGCUGAUAUUUAUUUCAAUUUAUGGCCCCCUUUUUAUUCAAAUAAAAAUCUUGUUUUGUGGUAUAGCUGAGUCCUAGUAAGGAAAAUCAGACAUAACCCAAAACUUUAGAAAAACUAGCAUGAAUAGCAAAAAGGUUCUUACCAUUGCAUGCCAUCAUCCAAGAUACAGGCAAUAGUAUAUAAAUAUUGUGUCAAUACAAUAAUGGGUUUCUUGAUCAUAUUUAUUUCAUAUUAGUUCAAGGCUGCCAUAUUGCCCAGAGAUAAUCUGCUUUGUAUUUAUCCAUAGGGCUAGAGUUGGCAGAGUUCAUAUUUUCUUAAAAAAAUAUUUUUCCAAUAUAGGUACAUCCAUGUGGAAUCCAGAGCCCAGGUGGCGCAGUGGUUAAGAGCUUGGCUGUUAACCAAAAGGUCAGCAGUUUGAAUCCACCAGCUGCUCCUUGGAAACUCUAUGGGGCAGUUGUUCUUUGUCCUGUAGGGUUGCUAUGAGUCAGAAUCAGCAAAUGGUUUUGUUUUUGGUUUUGGAUAUGGAAUCCAUUUUUAGGAAUAGCAUCAGGUAGGAAUCUAUUUUUCUUCCUGAAAGGAUGGAUGGCAUCAUUUAUUAAAAGUUUUAUAUAUUUUCCCACUGAUUUAACUUCCACCUUUAAAAAUUCCUGAACAUAGGGGGAAAGUAUUGAAACAGUGGAAAAUAUUUUUAUGUUGGAAAACCUAGUGGAAUAUAUUCCAGAAGAAUAAAAGUAAUACGUGUAAAAAAUCAUAUCAGAAACCUAAGAGAGCAUGUUGAAUAUUUAUCUUUCCUCUGUCUGGGAAAGAACUUUCUACAGCAGCAUCAAUAAAAAAGGAACACAUCAAUAGAUUUGACUGUAAAAUUGUAAAAUUUACAUUCAUCAUCAAAAAAAUUAAUAUGCAAAGAAAUUAAGAAAAUGUAUUAAAAAAAUCUCCUCAAUGAGUAAAGAUAAGCACAAACAGAAGAGAAAAAUGUCUUAGUUUCCUACUGCUGCCAUAACAAAAAUACAAGUGGGUGGCUUUAUUUACUAAAUUUAUAUACUAAAAAAGCAGAAACUUGUUGUCUCACAGUUUUGGAGGCUACAAGACUGAAUUCAGGAUGUUGGCAAGGCUUUGUACUUUCUGUGUCAGCUCUAGGGGAAGGUCCUUCCUUGUCUCAUUCAGCUUCUGAAACUUGGGCAUUUCCUGGUGUUCCCUGGCUUAUAGAUGGACCCUCACAUGAUGUCUUUCCCUUUUGUAUGUGUCUCUGUGUCUGUAAAAUCGGCACCCAAACCCAUUCCUGUCAAGUUGAAUUCUGACUCAUAAUGACCCUAUAGGACAGAGUAGAACUGUCCUAUAGCAUUUCCAGGGCUAUAAAUCUUUACAGAAACAGACUGCUGCAUCUUUCUGCCUCGGAGUGGUUGGAGGGUUCCAACUUUCAGCCUUUCAGUUAUCAGCCUAUCACUUAAGCACUGCAACACCAGGGCUCCUAUUCCCCCUUAUAAAAUAUGACUUAGAAGGGAUUAGGUUUAGGACCCACCUUAUUACAAUAUGACCUCAUUAAUAUAAUGAAAGAAAAACUAUUUCAGAACAGGUUCACAUUCACAGGUACAUGGGGUAAGAACUUCAACAUAUUUUUUCUGGGGACAGAAUUCAAUCCAUUACAAUAUAUAAAAAGACAAAUGAGGGAAGAUGAAAAACAAAUGAACAGCGAAGAUAUGUAAGAGAUUCCACUUUGGUGACAAUAAAAUGCGAAGAAAAGCAAUUAUUAGGUAAUUUUUUUUCAUCAUAUGCUUUGAUUAUAGAUGUUACUGUGGAUGGGAGAGGUGAUAAAGUCAUGCAGUACCAGCAUCCAGAGCAGAGCAAAAGCCAGUGAGCUUUGCCAAGAAGUCCAUAUAUAUUGGAUGAAGGCCACACCCUCAAGGAAACUCCCAUUCAACUGAUUGACUCCUCAUAGCAGAUCUCAUGGAGGUGAUGAUAUCAUUACAUAACUGCCAAACUACAUCAUAACUGCCAAACCAAUGCGAAACAUGGCCCAACCAAGUCAACGCCAUCUUAACCAUCACAGUCUACCCCUUGUCAGCUUGGCACCUGUGCACAUCUCCUUAAACCACACAUUAUCUCUGAAUAAAGACAAUUACAGUCAUACUUGCACCUAACAUGAUACAACUAACACCCUUACAACUGAAAAUGCACUAGCCCUGUUUACAUCUUGGGUUUUUUAAGUGAAUAAAACAAAAAUAUUUGAUGCAUACAUGCAAGGAAGAAACAUAAGGGUUAUAGUCCUCUCGUUUCUACAACUGGUUACCUGGUUCUAACUGGUUUUUAGAACUACCUUGCACCACCCAUUCCGCGUUCUCUUUACUUUCAGCAAGCAUCACAGCUGGUCAUGGUUCGUUGCCUGGUGGGGUGACCAAAAUCUACAUUCCUGAAGGAUCUGGGUCAUUAGUGGUCAUGUUGGAAUUGGGUCGCUGUAGUUUUCCAUCGACUUUAACACAGGGUAUGGUAGUACUAAGAGAUGUCCUAAGGGAUCUCCUGUACUCCAGACAUACUCUUCUUUAUCUCUGUUAUGUAAUAUCCAUCUGAUUUCCUCUUGGCAAUCAGGAUCAAUCACAUGGGCCAAUAUGGUAACUCCCUUUGCCUGUUAAUCCAGAGGCAUAAGGAGCCCUAAGUGACCGGGUGGCAAUCUUAACUUCCAGUUCAAUGGAAUCAGUGUUGUGCCUUCAGUUGGGAGCAUCCCUCCCUUUGGAACUAAGACCUCUAGACCAUAGGGUCGCAGGGACGGGAUGCAAAAAUUUUACUAGUGGGUCACUAGGGAUAAUGGUGAGUGGUGCCACUCCCAUUUCCACCUUUAAUUCCUGGAGCCAUGAAUCCUGGCUAUGGGAAAAAUGGCACCAUAUACUGGAUGCUGGUUUAGAGCAUAUACAGCCUCCUGGAAAACAUUGCCCCAACCCUGCAAGGUAUUUCCACCUAGCUGGUGCCAUAAUUAUGUAGAAGGCCAUUCCAUCCUAUCAAGCCAGCUGCUUCAGGGUAAUGGGGAGCAUGGUAAGAUCAGUGAAUUCCGUAAGCAUGGGCCCAUUGCCAUACUUCAUUUGCUGUGAAAUGAGUCCCUUAUUCUGAGGUGAUGCUGUGUGGGAUACCAUAAUGGUUGUCAUGGAUUAAAUUGCAUCCCCCCCCAAAAUAUCUGUCAACUUGGCUAGGCCAUGAUUCCUAGUAUUGUGCAAUUGUUCACCUCAUUGUCUUCUGAUGUGAUUUUCCUAUGUGUUGUAAAUUCUAUCUGUAUGAUGCUAAUGAGAUAGGAUUAGCAGCAAUUAUGUUAAUGAGGCAAGACUCAAUAUACAAGGUUGGAUUCUGUCUUGAGUCAGUCUCUGUUGAGAUAUAAAAGAGAGAAAUGAGCAGAGAGACAUGGGGACCUCAUACCACCAAGAAACAAGAGCCAGGAGAAUAGAGUGUCCUUUGGCCCCAGGGUCCUUGUGCUGAGAAGGUCCUUGAUGAGGGAAGAUUGAUGACAAGGACCUUCCCCCAGAGUCAACACAGAAAGAAAGCCUUCCACUAGAGCUGAUGCCCUGAAUUUGGACUUGAAGCCUACUAAACUGUGAAAGAAUAAAUUUCUCUUUGUUAAAGCCAUCCACUUCUGAUAUUUCUGUUGUCUCAGCACUA